GCCUGURUUUUAGUUAUCUGUCGUCUUCGAAGCUUAAUGGAAGACCAGAUAGCAGAAGCAAGAUCAAUCGAUUUGAUAGCGAAUUCUGAAGGGAAGUCGGCUUUACAACAAACCGUUAAAGUGCGAAAGAAAAUUCUGCCUUUUGUAACAACAUACCACCCGACGUUGCCUAACCUCAAAAACAUCUUGAUGAGCAAAUGGCAUUUAAUUCAAAACCAACCAUUGCUUAGAGAAAUAUUCAAAGAACCUCCACUUAUCUCGUACGAAAAAGGAAAAUCUUUAAGAGAUAUACUCGCGAGAGCAAAACUAUAACGAGAGGUCACUAUAACUAGAGGUCACUAUUCACGCCACGAGCUUAUGAGUCGUGUCUGGCCUGUCAACACUUUUAUACUCAGCUUCACUUCAAGACGAAGCAAUUUUUCCUGCAGAUUUCACGCGUUGGACCUUCCCACUCGGAGAUUUGUUUCUUUCAUCGGGAGUUCGCUCCACAAAUAGUCUUCUUGUGGACUGUUUUCGUUUCUCUGGAGUUUUCUGUGAUAUUCCUUCCAUCAAAGCAUACAGACUGCCCCGAUUGCGGAUUUUCCUUGCGCAGGGACUGCAAACGCGAUCUGAAAAAUUUUCGUCACGUUCGAUAGAAAUACCAGUCUUUUUCAAAACUUCGGCUAACACGACUCUACGACAAUCUUUUCUGUUGGAAGGCUUGAACAGAUUUUCGCGAGAUAAAUAUCUUUCCUUUUGAGAGAAACUUCCAAACUUCGUUUGAGCACUAACAAACACGGCAAUUAUCGGAUGCCAUACAUCUACAUUUAUCAAGCCGCGAAAAAUUACCCUGCUGACUUUAGCGCUAAGAUUGUGGCGGUUUUUAUUUUACCUGAAGUCAAUAUGAUUGGGUUUCGUGUGACAGUUGACGUGACAGUUGACGCCCCUAGGGAGCGAAAGUAAUUAGGGGCGUUCGGUAAAAUGUCUGGGCUCUGCAGCAGGCUUUUCCUUUCCUUCCCUGCCCCUCCCCCCUGCCACUAAUUUUUUUUGUCACCUCUGUCCCCGCGCCCUCACGCGACUCCUGCUUGCCUGAAAGGAAACGGAAAAGACUGCUACGCAGGCUAGACAAAGAAGUGCUCCUGUAGUUUUAUUGGUCAAUGACGAAAGGAAAGGCACAUGUCAUGCAAUCUAAACUCAAGUAGCUUGAUUUACAUGGAAUAGUUUCCGUUUCCGUGAACACAUCGCCAGUCAAUCAACUGAACCAACAAAAAAGGAAGGUGCUUUAACUUUGUAAGUGGUGCUAUACGGGUUCAGUAAAAAAUUUCUCGGUGAAAUCAUUUUUCUCAAGUGCGCAGUGCACAGAAUUUGCUAGUACAAGGUGAAAUGCGCUAUCAUGUUCAUACUUUUUCGCUUUUUCAAAUGGAUCUCAUGGCGAUCUUUCAUUAAAAAAACUUUCUAUGAAAAAAUAUUGAAUCUAAGCAAAGUUAUAAACGAAAAACGUCUCUACGCAUUAAUUAACUAAAACUGAAAGCUGUCAACGGGUUGUCACGAGAAGUGCAUUAAAAAGUUGCGUGACAGAUUGCCGCUUAGUACGACGGUCUAACGUUUGUGUUUGGUACUCGACGAGCUGUUUUGAGUGAUUUUAAUCAACAACAGAUCGAUUCGCGCUACAAUUGUACGGUGAAUGUAACUGGAAAUACGGUCAAAUAGGACUCCUCUGCUCCCUGUGUUAUGGGAAGGCCCUGCGGCAAGGUAUGCUUCGUACCGUUGUGUUAGUCUAUAUUUUCAUGACCUUUUUAAAUCUGGACGGGAAGAAAUUUGCAUCGAUAUUAGCGGUCUGACGUUUUGUAAUAUUUUAACGCUUACGAUUGCUUGAAUAUUUAACUUAAGGGGCAUGUCAAGGUUAAAAUUCGACAUUUGUAGUUGGACUUACAGCCGGCAAUGCAAACAAGCGACCAGACUCAAAAGUCAGAUUUCAGCUGCUUCGCGUUGUUGUCUUUUUGUUGUCUUUGAGAACCGCAGUGAAAGUGAAAAUUAAACCAAAAUGGCGUCGUCCAAUAGACCGUUGAGAGGAUACUUCUCUGUGGUAAAUGCCAUUUCAUCUGCGGAUGUCGACUUUGUAAAGCCAAAGAAAAGAAUUAAGUACACAAGAUCUACUUAUUGGGAAGUCGAAAGGCUCGUCGAAAGACGAGAAAGAAAUGGAACGGACAGAUUCCUUCUGCGUCUCGAGUAUCUGAUCGAUGCCUACCCAAGCAUUCAAAUGUUUGGCAUCUGUGGAUCAAUCUCUACUUGUUGUCCACGGAAGCGAUGGAAGUGCGGAUUAUGGAUGAUAAUGGGAACACUGGGAGUAGUUGGAAUACUGUUUACAGUCGGAGUUAUGAAGAAGUAUAAUCUGCUCAAGUUUAUUCCUUUGCAAAGAGGGGAAUGUUACCUGACCAAACAGGAACAAGACGAAUUACGUCACAUACUGCGUCAUCUUGUUACCAUAUUUGAUGAUAUGAAUGUUACAUACUGGUUGGACUAUGGUACGCUUAUUGGUGCCUUUAGAAAUGGAGACAUCAUAAGCUAUGACACAGAUGGUGAUGUUGCAUUUCUUAUCAAUGAGUACUACAAACCAGAAGAAGUCAAAUAUCGACUAGGGAGAUUUGAUAUCAGUUAUGGCCAUGGAAUAUCAUAUUUCGGUCGUGCCAAGUACGGUGCGAUGUGGGUGGACGUGACAAGAUGGACAGUGCAUGCUGGGAAAUUCGAUGGGAAGGAGGUGAAACUCUUGGUUAAAGAUCUAACCAGUCACGACGAAGAGAAUAGAGACUUUGUUGGUAGAAAUAUGGACGAGAGAGAAAAAUUUCCAUUGCUAUGGAUGCAGCCUAGGAGGACUGUAAACUUCCUUAAUGUGACUGCUAAAAUUCCAAACGAAGCGGAGAAACUCAUAAGACAUAGAUACCCGUACAGCUAUAGAUUUAAUGUGCCGUAUAAAUUUAAAUGUUGGAUCUGAUGUCCGAGUGUUAUCAACUGAAAAUACAAUUUACGGCAGAGAGCAAAGAAUGGCAGGUAUUUAGAUGUGUAUUUGAGGAAGAAACCAUGUGCAUAAAACUUUCACUGGUCCGAUAACUCUAAGGGUACCGGUCAACGUCUGAAGACAUCAGGAACUGCAGGGGACUAUUCUGUCACUCUCGACGGGGCUUCUGUCAAGUUUUCCACUGUUUUCAUCCGCUGUAUUCACGUAUCUGUGCGUUAUGCUUGUUAACCGCCUCACUUUUCAACGAACAGGUUAACUACGAGACAGCCAUGGUACAUAGGAAACUAGGGAUCCUUUCACGAGUGAGACCGCUAUUAAGGUUACAGUAUACCUUCAGAUCGGCAAUUUUCUUCAAAUUUGGAUUUUUGGUUCAAAGUAAUGGU